UGGCUCCGUCACAAAUUUAGCAACAAAUAAAUAAGACGUCUUGUUCUGUUGGGUUUACUCAUUAUGGUGUAACAAUUGUAACUCCGAAAACAUCAUUAAAAUUUCCAAAAAUUACAAAUUAAACACAGUAAGUGAUCAGCGCAAAAUGGCACCGAAGCGUAGGGCAACCACAACCAACGAGUAUCGUAACAAACGGGAUCAAAACAAUGAGGCGGUCAAACGCAGCCGUGUAAAAUCCAAACAACGAACGGAGGAAAAUCAGACUAAGGUCAAGGAACUACUGAUCAAAAACCAGGUUCUGGAGGAUAAAAUUGAGAAUCAGAAAAAAGACCUGCAAUUUCUUAAGGAACUGUUCGUGGCUCAGGCGAAUGCAAAAGCUGACAAGCUGGUCGGAGUCAAUUUGUUGGAUCUGUUCAUAGACUCCGACCAUGAAGGUGGAGAUGGAACAAGGUCGAGGAGCGAGCUGUAAAUAAGUUAAGCUGGCAAUUGCCGGAAGGCGGGGACUCUCAGUAGAAGCUAGUUGGUAAGGCUUUUGAUUGUUAGAAUUAUGGAUACAUUGUUAAGAAUUUCACAAAUGCAUAUUUACUAAAAAAAUAGUUCUAUGUCUGCCGAUAGUGAUGAUACGUGUGAGGAGUAUCUAAGCAUACCGAACCACCGCUGGUUUUUUUUUCUGCACCAAAAUAAUAUCUUAUCUUGAAACGCGUGCACAAUGUUGAGCUUGCUAAUCUGCUUCUAUCUAUUUAUUCCAAUGUCUCGCAAAACAAAUAAACAAUAACGUUCAAAGGUUAACCGAUAGCGUGCGAAUGUCUCAAUGUCUCUCUAUCUAGAUAGAGCUGGAAGUAGGGCGUAACAGCUUUUGUAAACAAUAAUUUCUCUCGAUGAUUUCUAUGAAUUCAAGGCAUGCUCCCGCAAACCAACACAAUCAUUUCGAAGGGGAAAUUUUCCC